AGGACAGCCUGUACCCUUGAUCCCAAACCGAAUUGCUGCAGCGAAGAUCCAGCAACUUAACUCGCGCCACUAGAAUCUCACGAAAUGCCUCCCCAGGAAGUCGACAAGCGCCAAGCCGCGCGCGAAGUCAUCGACAUCCUCCACGAGAUCGCUACGCUUCUGAACACCAACCUCAACCGGACCCAGCUGUCCUUCUGCGUGUCUUUGAUCGAAAACGGUGUCAAUCCCGAGGCUCUAGCCAACGUCAUCAGAGAUCUCCGCGACCAGUACCCAGAACCCCUCGAAUCUACCCUCUCUGAUGACCAGAUUGAGGGCCAGCCCUGAGGACUGUCCUCAUUAUCGCAUCCGUGCUUCUUACGCCAUGACGUCGCUCAGAACUGUUGUUUUGAUAGUAGACGCUUGAUAUGACAUCCUCAUCCGGGCAGUCCCUGCUUAUGCCUCCUUCUCACGACUUUACGAUGCACGGGCAUCGCCGACUCAGAUGUCAAUCGGACUUAUGAAAAGAAUGCAAUGUACUCUUUCUUGCAGGCCGAAAGCAAUCCCGAAAAGAGAGGCCCAUCUUCAUCACACGGGUCCAUCAGCCAUGGAAAAGGACAUGGGCUUCUGUUAAUGCAUGGCUAAAUGAAGACCCUUGAAAGAAGGGUCCGGUACUGUAGCUAGUUUGCUCUAGCUAGUGUACUAUACCUCUGGAACAUGAAGGCGGUCCUGUAUGCCAG